AAUAGCACAUCGAUGACUUCUACCUUCUUGCUUGUGGGCAUCCCAGGCCUAGUGACCACACCAUCAUGGUGGACCCUCAUUUUGGUUAUCAUCUACCUUCUCUGUGCCCUGGGAAAUGGAACAAUUCUCUGGGUAAUUGCUGUGGAGCCCUCACUCCGUCGUCCAAUGUACUUCUUUCUCUUCCUGCUGGGUGUGUCUGAUGUGGGCCUGGCCACAGCACUGAUGCCCACACUGUUGAGUCUUGCCCUUUUUGAUUCCCACACAGUUCCAGCAUUUGCCUGUUUCCUCCAGAUGUUCUUCAUCCACGUUUUCUCUGUAAUGGAGUCCUCUGUCCUCCUGGCAAUGGCCUUUGACCGGGCACUGGCCGUCUGUCGUCCUCUUCGAUAUCCAGCCCUACUUACAAAUAGUGUGGCUGGCAAGAUAGGACUGGCUAUCAUCCUCCGCUGUGUGGGUCUCCAUCUACCCCUGCCAUUUCUUUUGGCCUGGAUGCCCUACUGCCAUUCACAGAUCCUAUCUCACUCCUAUUGCUUACAUCCGGAUGUCUCUAGGCUAUCCUGCCCUGGGGCCCAAGGUGCAACCUAUAGCCUCUUUGUGGUCUUCUCUGCUAUGGGUCUGGACCCUGUCCUCAUAUUCCUGUCCUAUGCCUUCAUUGGGCAGGCACUUAGGGGUGUAACAUCACAUGAAGAUCGCCGCCGUGCCCAAAACACCUGUGCCACACACAUCUCCGCUGUGCUACUUUUCUAUGUACCCAUGAUCCUCCUAGCCCUUGUUGACCGACUGAGGAUACCCAUUCCCCAUGCUGCCCACACAUUUUUCUCCUAUAUCCACUUCCUGCUUCCACCUCUGCUCAAUCCUGUUCUUUAUAGUGUCAAGAUGAGAGAGAUCAGAGAAAGGAUCCUCAGAAGGCUCCAACCUAUGAAAGUCAGAUCUUUUCCAGGAGGCAGGGAAUGA